AUGGUAGUUUUCUUAGCAGCACCCACCGGCCCACCAGUGGUCAGAUGCCAACUCCGGAAACACAAGCCGAACCGGAAGCCGCGUACACCCUUUACAACGCAGCAGCUUCUUGCGUUGGAGAAGAAGUUCAGAGACAAACAGUACCUGAGCAUCGCGGAGAGAGCUGAGUUCUCUUCUUCGCUAAGACUAACGGAAACUCAGGUAAAAAUAUGGUUUCAAAAUCGCCGAGCAAAAGCGAAACGACUGCAAGAGGCUGAGAUUGAAAAGCUCAGGCUUUCUGCGAGACCGUUGCUACCACCUUCCUUCGCGUUGUUCGGGGGUGGGGGAGCUCCCCCCCUAUUUGCAGCGAUGGCCGCAGCCACAAGACCCCAACUAAGUUUCUUAGGGGGACCCCCAUCUCACCAACACGCCAUUAAUAUGAAUAUCCUGAAUUCCUUGCAACCGCAUUGA